AUGGACUUCACUUCGAAGAUUAACCUGGCUUGGAUGGACCUGCAUUCGGAUCACUUGCAGUCGCCGGUGACACUCGGGCUCGCUGGCUUCGUAGCAACCUUGAUCAGUUUCCUGGCCUAUUUAUCGUACACUCCCAGAGUCGACAAGAGGUCACCAGCAUUUACGUCGGACACAGUUCCAUUCGUCGGCUCCUGGGGCUUCUUUACUCGGAAACAGAUCUUCUGGGACAACGCCGUGGCGGAGUCCAAGACGGGGAACUUCAGUUUCUGGCUGGGCAAGCAUCAUGUCGUUGGGGUGUCAGGCGAGGCCGCCCGCAAGAUGUAUCUGGACCACCGCGACCUGGAUUUUGUCGCCGGAGCGGCCCUCGUAGGACACGGUCCAGACUUUGUACCUCCCAUCCACGAGAUUUUCCACCCUACCUUCCACAACGGUCGUAGCUACUUUCAGCGCCGCCUGAUCGACCUGUUGAAAUCGGAGCAGCUCGCCAAGCGUCUUCCCCGCGCGAGAAGCGACGCCCGCGCCGCCUUCGAGGCGCUGGCCAAGAACCCAUCCGGCGUCAUGAACCCGUCCUACACCUGCUAUCGCAUCGUAGUGAAGCAGUGCGUCCGUCUCGUGUGCACCGACGAAAUCUCGGAUGACCCCAAGCUACUGGAACGCUGCUUGGGCUACCUCACGAUUCUCCAGUCUACCACCAGUAUCCACACUGUUGCCGUCCCUUGGCUGCCAUCUCUGUCGUACAUGAAGCGCCGUUAUGGACGCUAUGGUCUCAGAAGCCUCGUGACGCCUAUCGUCAGCAGGCGGAUGAAGAAGGGCACCCCUCGCGUGGACGACGCUCUGCAAGUCUUGAUCGACAACGGCGAUAGCAAGGAAUACAUCAUCAACUUCCUCAUCAGCAUCCUGUUCAUCUCCACCGCCAACGCCGGCGUCCUGGCCGGCGCUAUGCUGAACAUCAUGGCCCACCACCCCGACUGGCAGGAGAAGAUCUACGGCGAGAUCAAGGCCGCCGCCGCGGCCCACUCCAAGAACAAGGACGCGCCCCUGGUCGACCAGCUCGACUCGAUCCCGCUCGAGGCCUGGGAUUCAUCGUUCCCCUCCCUCGACCUCUGCUUCGAGGAGGCCAUCCGCAUGUGGGUCGCCUUCCCCAUGAUCCGCCUGAACACGGCCCCUGACCCCAUCCCUAUUCCCGGGACCGACGAGGUCAUCCCCGCCGGCAGCUUCGCCUCCUACAACACCACCGAUGUGCACUUCAACGAGGAGCUGUACCCGAACCCCGCCAGGUACGACCCUAAUCGCUUCCGUGAGGGUCGCCAGGAGUUCAAGAAGCAGACGUAUGGCUUCGUCGGCUGGGGCCAAGGCCGUCACCCCUGCCUGGGCAUGCGCUGGGCCAAGAUGCAGCAGCACAUCAUCAUUGCCUACGCCCUGGCCAUGUUCAAGUGGAGCGGUUGCGACGCGAAUGGGCAGCCCAACCCCCACUUCGACCGCAAGACGGAUAUGAACUCGCACGCCCCCAGCCUGCCCCAGGGCCUUUACUGCAAGCAUGUUCCCAGGGAGAAGAUAUAA